CUUAGGAAACUUGAAGUUAUCUACAAUGAGGUGGGAAACGUUAGCUGCAAAAUUAUUCCUCAGUGCAACCACUUCAGAGAGAAGAUCACCAUGUGGCCUCCGCCGAUAGUCAAGUUCCCUGGUGCCUUGGAUGGUGAAACCUACCUGCUAGUGAUGGUGGAUCCAGAUGCGCCCAGCCGGCAAGCUCCCAGGGCGAAAUACUGGAGACACUGGGUGGUGUCCAACAUCCAGGGUGCCGACUUGAAGAGUGGGAAUAUUAAGGGCCAGAUAAUAACAGCCUACCAGCCUCCCACCCCACCACCGACUACUGGCUUACACCGUUACCAGUUUUUCAUCUAUCUUCAGGGAGGGAUACCCAUCUCAAUCCCAGCCAAAGAUAACAAAAACCGAGGCUCUUGGAAGCUUGAGAAAUUUCUACAGGACUUCAAGAUAAAUAAACAUGAAACAAGUACCCAGUACAUGACUGAGUUCGACGGGGAUUUGCCACCAGGUUUUGGUAGAAGUGACAAUAAGGCCAAGGGCAAAGCCGGGCAAAGAUAACUAUCCACUGAG